AUGUCGGUCAUGCCUUGUGAUCAAGAAUCGUCCUCUUUUUAUAGCACCGAAGUAGAUCGCAACCUCCUCCGCGUAUCUCGUCCACGUGCAACUACCGAUCCCGCUAUUUCCGGAUCUGAACAGUCGAAGCGAGAUUCUCGUUUGACUCGUUCAAACUCAGCUUGUGGACUCGACUCCGUCGAGCUAGAGCUCGACUUCGUCUUCACAAGUAGCUCGGACAGUAAACAGCUGGAUUUUGGACAAGGAUACUUGGUGGGCUCGAGGUCACUUUACUGGGCCUGA